CCACCGUUCGCGCGUAUUGUGUUCGCGCCGUUUAUUCGCGCGCUUCGAGUGCCAUAAUGGCGGAAACAGCAAGUCACUUCUUUGAAUAUGAUCCGGAGAAGUUGAUAGAAGCGGUGAAGAAACGCCCGGGCCUUUGGGACCCGGACCACAAGGAUUACAGACCAUUGAAAGUCCGCGUCAAACUGUGGCAAGAUAUCAUUACUGAACUGAUUGGCGACGCGCAACUGACGAAGAGCGAGAUUCGAGAACUAGAACUGCAUAUUCAGAAGAAAUGGAAGGGUUACAGAGAUUCAUACAUAAAAUACGCCGCCAACCCGGAGAAAUGGAAACAUCCGUACGCGCAUUCCGAACGAUUGCGAUUCUUGGCGAAGUGCGUUCAGCACAGAGGUGGCAAAGUACCCAAUGGAACCGGCGGAAACUCGAGCGAAUCUGACGAGGACAAAAAACCCAAAGUAGGUUUUCGAGCGAAGGCAAAAAUAAAACUGUACAGGGAAUCUGACAACGACGACGACGGAAUGGACACUAGCGGGUGCGUAGCUAGCGACCACGUCGAAACAGUAGAUGCGCAGCCUAUGGCGAACAUCAAUCCGUACGGGGAAGAGUCCUUCGCGUUCGCCAACGUCGAGUCGCAGCCGAUGAGGUACGAACCCGACGACCCUGAGAAGAUGUUCCUGCUGUCACUUCUGCCACAUUUGAAGAACGUUCCCGAGAGAAGUCGGUUAAAUGUUAAAAUGGACAUGAUGCAAGUUUUGAAGAAUGCUCAAUUAUAAUAAUAAUUAGGUUAAAAACACGUAGGUUAUAAAUUAUAAUAUU